CUGAUUCUAUAUGCAUGGUCAGGGUGUGUAGGAAAAUAGAGAGACUUUUAAGUAAUUGACAGUGUAACUGUAUCUAAGAUAUGAUUAAUAAUUGUAGAAACGAUAACUGGUGAAUAUGGUGAAACUGGGGGUGAGCAGUCUGUUAUGAAUGAGGGAGAGCUAAGAUGCAUAUUAAAAUGCAGUAGUGUCAAUCCUGAGUUGUCCACAGAGAGAAACAGUGUUGUUUCACAGACAACUAAUGAACAACUUUGUGAGGACUCCAGCAAUGAAAUGAUAACUGGUGAAUAUGGUGAAACAGGGGGUGAGCAGUCUGUUAUGAAUGAGGGAAAGCUAAGAUGCAUAUUAAAAUGCAGUAGUGUCAAUCCUGAGUUGUCCACAGAGAGAAACAGUGUUGUUUCACAGACAACUAAUGAACAACUUUGUGAGGACUACAGCAAUGAAAUGAUAACUGGUGAAUAUGGUGAAACAGGGGGUGAGCAGUCUGUUAUGAAUGAGGGAAAGCUAAGAUGCAUAUUAAAAUGCAGUAGUGUCAAUCCUGAGUUGUCCACAGAGAAAAACAGUGUUGUUUCACAGACAACUAAUGAACAACUUUGUGAGGACUCCAGCAAUGAAAUGAUAACUGGUGAAUAUGGUGAAACAGUGGGUGAGCAGUCUGUUAUGAAUGAGGGAGAGCUAAGAUGCAUAUUAAAAUGCAGUAGUGUCAAUCCUGAGUUGUCCACAGAGAGAAACAGUGUUGUUUCACAGACAACUAAUGAACAACUUUGUGAGGACUCCAGCAAUGAAAUGAUAACUGGUGAAUAUGGUGAAACAGGGGGUGAGCAGUCUGUUAUGAAUGAGGGAAAGCUAAGAUGCAUAUUAAAAUGCAGUAGUGUCAAUCCUGAGUUGUCCACAGAGAAAAACAGUGUUGUUUCACAGACAACUAAUGAACAACUUUGUGAGGACUCCAGCAAUGAAAUGAUAACUGGUGAAUAUGGUGAAACAGGGGGUGAGCAGUCUGUUAUGAAUGAGGGAGAGCUAAGAUGCAUAUUAAAAUGCAGUAGUGUCAAUCCUGAGUUGUCCACAGAGAGAAACAGUGUUGUUUCACAGACAACUAAUGAACAACUUUGUGAGGACUCCAGCAAUGAACUUCCCGGACCUUUACCAAAGGAUGGUGAUCUAGAUGAUGAACUGGCAGGGAAGGAAGAUCAAUCAAGUUCCGCAGCAGACCAGCCCUCUAGUUCCACAGCAGACCAGCCCUCAAGUUCCACAGCAGACCAGCCAUCUUGUUCAGAUCAUGAACAGUCUUCAAAUUCGGAUAGUGAACAGCCACAGUAUAUUAGAUUUAAAGGUUGUAAAAGAAGAUGGACAGAUGAAGAGGAAGAAGAACUGUUGGAAGCAUUUGGGAUACAGAUUAAGAAAAAAAAUGAAUGUGUCCACCAAAGCAAUCCGAUAUGCACAGUCAAAAUUUAAAGCAUUACGCAGCCGGUCAGAAGCAGUAAUAAGAUCUAAAAUAAACAAUAUCAUUUUAGGAAAAGUAAAAAAAAGAAAAGACUGCUACAAAUGAAGACUUCCUUAUGUUUCAGAAUAACUUAGUGAGGUUAGGUUUCCUGAUAGACAUUUGUCCACUGUCUUGUUGACAUUUAAUCCAACCAAAAGCAGUUAGCAUCAGAUUUUCAUUCAACCACUUAAAUUUCUCAUGACCAAAUAAUUUCCCAUGUAAAUUGUGUUUCAAAUUUGUCAUGCCUUAAGAAUGAUAAACUAAGGAGAAAACAGCUUAUUCCUAAAAAAAAAAUAUGUUCUUUCCUGUAACCUGACCAACCCAAGCAAAAAAAAUGAACUACUGACCCUUGAUUUUUUGGGAAUGUUACAGGAAACAAACAUAUUUUUUUAGCCUUACUUGUAUAUUAUCCCUGGGCACAUGAGAUUAAAUUUUGUUGGCUUUGAUUUUUGUUCAUUCAACUGUUAAAAAAACUUAAAAUAUUGCUUUUUUAUAUCAUGUGACUUUAAAAUUUUGUGAAAUACAUCAGCACCAUUUUUAAAAAUGUGAGGAUCUUGUUACCGGGUACUUUUAUGCAAGAGGACUGAAAAUUAAAUAGCUCAUUAACACAUCAACAUGAUUGGUUGAAUAGUCUUUUUAUCCUUGUACAAUUUUACUUAUAUAAACAUGUUCACAUACUUUUUGUCAGGCUCCAUAAUAAUUUUUUACAAAAGAUAAGGGUGAAUCAGAGAGAUGAAAACGGUUUUAAAAAGCCAUUAAACUUAUUAAUAUGACGAAAGACUUGUUAUUUUGUAAGAUAUGAUUUAUGUACAAGAAUGAUUUUUUUCUACAUUGUGAAAUACACAUUGAAUUGUUUUUCUCCCAAUGUGGGUUAUUGCAUGUCUGUAAAUCUUUGUUCAGUUGUUAAAGAUAUGCAUGUUACUGGAAUGCGAAGAUCCAAUUAAUGUGUCCAAAUAUACGAGGUUUAUGCAGCAUUGUUUCAGAUGCAUCACAUUUUUUUGCAGUCUAAACUGAUUAUGAUACAUGUUAUUGAAAUUAUUUGACGGGCGCUUUAUUUUUGAAGUUUUGGCAUAUAAUUGUGUGUAAAACCAGAACAAAAAAUUGUCUAUAAUUUGAAAUUGCCCCCGUUCAACUACAAUCAAGGCAAGAUAACUAAAUUUCAUUCCGGUAUUCCUUUGCAUGUUGCACACAGAUAUUUAUAUUUAAAAAAAAUUGUGGACCUUUCUUUGUGAUUUAUUAUACCCCCGCAAACGAAUUAUACCCCCGCAAACAAAGUUUAGGGGGAUGUAUUGGAAUCAGCUUGUCCGUCUGUCUGUAGACAAGGUUUUGUCUGGACCGUUUCUCAAAAAAAUUUUGAUGGAUUUGUCUGAAAAUUUGUACAUAUAUCAUUCAUCAUAUGAAGGUGUGCACCUGGUAUUUUCAUCACGAUUGGAAGAUUUUUCUGCAUUUUACAGGAAUUUUUUCUUUUUUAUUUUGUUGUUUUGUUUGGCUCAUAUCUAGAAAACUAUUAGACUUACAAUCAUCAAACUUGGCCAAUUUAUGCAUCUUGGGUAGAAGGUGUGUCAUGACCUAUUUUGAGGUCACCGUGACCUUUAAUUAAAGUGAAAUAAAAAAAAACCAACUGUGUUUUACUACCGAAUUACACAAUCCGAAAAAAUGUUGCGGUAUCCCUAUUUAAAACGUUAAACUGAGAAAAUAUUUUUUUUUUAUUAUAUACUUUACAACAAUCCUUAACAAAUGUUAUAUUUUAUAAGAGAAAAUCUACCUCUCCCAAGGGUGUAAUUAUCAAGCACUGGUCAAAGAGAAUUUUGAUAACAGAAAAAUGCAUGUCAAAUUAGAGAGAAAUUAAUUAGUUUAUUGUAGGAAGCUAACUGGUAGAGAUCUGAUCAAGCAGUUGUUAUCUGUCUCUUGGGAACUGGGCUAAGGAAUCAGCCCUAAAUAGUUUUAGUGACUAGCCUAACUUAUAUA